GAAAAGCGCAGUCAUUGACGGUCUAUCAUAGUGAACGGUCAUACACACUAAUAAAUCAAAAAUGGAAAACGAAACUGUCAGCUUAGAAGCCAUCAUCAACAACAACCUCAGCGGCAAAGACCUCGAGGAGUUCAACAGAAUCUAUUAUGGAAGAACUGAUAACCAAGAAGUUAAACUGAAGGACUCUUCCAUCGCUGCGGCUAAGGAAGCAGACUUCGAAAUCGCCGCCUACGCCUUCCCAGCCAAGAAAGAACAGACUAGACCACCCAGGAUCGUGAAGGUGGGCGUCAUCCAGCAUUCCAUCGCCGCACCCACCGACCGCCCCGUCAAUGAGCAGAAGAAAGCCAUCUUCGAGAAAGUCAAGAAGAUCAUCGAUGUCGCCGGACAAGAGGGAGUCAACAUCAUCUGCUUCCAAGAGCUGUGGAACAUGCCUUUCGCCUUCUGCACCAGGGAGAAGCAGCCGUGGUGCGAGUUCGCCGAGUCUGCCGAAGACGGCCCUACCACGAGAUUCCUGAGCGAGUUAGCAGCUAAGUACGCAAUGGUAUUUGUUUCCUCCAUCCUUGAAAGAGACGAGAACCACUCUGACAUUCUGUGGAACACUGCUGUGAUCAUCAGCGACACAGGCAGCGUUAUUGGCAAACACCGCAAGAACCAUAUCCCCAGGGUUGGAGACUUCAACGAAUCUAACUACUACAUGGAAGGCAACACUGGUCACCCUGUCUUUGCUACCCGCUACGGUAAGAUCGCCGUGAACAUCUGCUUUGGUCGUCAUCACGUGUUGAAUUGGAUGAUGUUCGGGCAGAACGGAGCUGAAAUCGUGUUCAACCCGUCAGCUACAAUUGCCGCUGAAGCCGGCAGCGAGUACAUGUGGAACAUCGAGGCUAGGAAUGCUGCGAUCACCAACUGCUACUACACGGCAGCUAUCAACCGUGUUGGUUUCGAGGAGUUCCCCAACGAGUUCACAUCGGCUGAUGGUAAACCUGCCCACAAGGACUUGGGUCUGUUCUACGGAUCGAGCUACUUCACCGGUCCUGACGGCGUAAGGUGCCCUGGUUUGUCCCGUACAAGGGAUGGCUUGCUGAUUGCUGUCAUGGACCUGAACAAGAACAGACAGAUCAAAGAUAGGCGUUGUUAUUACAUGACACAGCGUCUGGAUAUGUACGUGAACAGCCUCGCUAAGGUACUCGAAUUAGAUUACAAACCACAAGUCGUACACGAAAAUGAGAAGUGAAACAAUAGUACGCGCUUCGAACUAUCGGCUAUGUAUGGACUAGUGCCGAUAUUCAAUAACCCAUCGCAUAAACCUUUAGAAUGUCAUAAUUGCCCUGAUAUGAUACCCAGUCGAAAUGUUUUAUUAUUUAUACACAAAUAAAUAUUUUUGCAAACAA